UCUGAUGGAAUGCAACUGUUGCGUCGAGAAAAUGCAAGUGUCUUUCAGGACUAGCACGCCAAUACCUGAGAAAAUGAUAAAAAAUAAUAAUAAUUUAACCAGAGAGAAAGCAAACGUAUUGCCGAGGGAAUGGGUUGAUUGUACGUAUAUCCCCAUGUUGUCGAAUUGCGUAUCAUUUUCUUCUUUGGCAUGGGAUGAAUCUACGCUUCUGGUGGAAACAACGGAACAAGGUGAACGCCUAUGCACUGAUCUCUUGAGGCGUCGUUUGGACUACAACACACCAAUGAUCUGUACUACUACUGCUGCAACUCCCGCGGUGGGAUUGCAGGAGCCACACUUGACAGGGAUGGAGCAGCGAAAUGUGCUGAAACCCAUGCUGAAAAGGGCUUUCGAAGCUGAGCCUGAAGGUGUUACAACUGUAAAGAAACGACACAAGAAUCCACAGCCAAAGAAUGCGGUAUGCGCGUUGAAUGAAUUGAAAACUGGUGCUGUGUACAAGGUUGUGGAACAAACAGGCCCUACUCAUGCUCCAAUAUUCACAAUAGCGGUACAGAUAGAUGGACAAACGUACGAGGGCAAAGGUCGUACUAAGAAAAUGGCAAAACACGCCGCAGCCGAGCUCGCUUUACGAAACAUUAUUCAGUUCAGAAAUACACCGGAAGUCCAUCAAGCGAUUAACACUUGCCAGCCCUCGAUACCCCUCGAGCCUGAUUUUACUAGCGAUGUUACGGAGCGCGAUAAUCAUCUAGUCAACGCGUUUAAAACGCUAACCCAAGAACCAAAAAGCACAAACAAGUUUUUAGAAAAAGGGCCCGUAGCGCUUAUUAAUGAAUUGUAUCCGGGUGUCGUAUACAAAUGCGUAUCCGAUAACGGCGAAAGUUACGCAAAGUUUACGAUAUCGGUGACCAUUGACGGAGAAACGUUCGAAGGAACUGGACCAAGUAAAAAAUUAGCUAAAGCUGCAGCCAGUAAAGCGGCACUGGCUAAGCUGAGAAACGUUCACAGUUCCUCGUUUUGUAUACCGCUUCCUGUACGUGUCUUACCAAACUUUUCCAACAGUGGUCACUGGCAAGAGCAGAUGUCGUUACCUCAGAUGUUAGCCGAUAAGAUUGGUAAGAUGGUGAACCAAAAAUUUAGCGAACUUAUCCAGUCUAAACCACAGCAUGCCCGGCGUAAGGUUUUGGCGGGUAUUGUCCAAACAAAGGGUACAGAAGCGGAAUUGAUAUGCGUAACAACCGGUACCAAGUGUGUCUCUGGGGAACACUUGAGCGUCAGCGGUGGCGCUUUAAACGAUUGCCAUGCGGAAGUAGUAGCCAGGAGAUGUUUAUGCGAAUAUUUAUAUAAACAGUUAGAACUUCACGCGGAAGAUCAUGAGGCAGAGUCGAUUUUAGAACGUAUGAAGAAAGGAUUCAAAUUGAAGCAGGGUAUUCAAUUUCAUUUAUACAUAAAUACCGCUCCGUGCGGUGAUGCCAGAAUUUUCUCGCCUCACGAGGAAAACGAGUCUGUUGAUAAGCAUCCGAAUCGAAGAGCCAGGGGUCAAUUGAGAACUAAAAUAGAAUCAGGAGAAGGAACGAUCCCGGUGAAAAGCAGCGAAGGUAUCCAAACGUGGGACGGUGUACUGAUGGGCCAAAGACUGCUGACGAUGUCGUGUUCGGACAAAAUAGCUCGGUGGAACGUACUUGGUGUGCAAGGUGCACUUCUAAGCCACUUCAUCGAGCCAAUUUACUUCCACAGCAUCGUUCUUGGCAGUCUAUUGAACCCAAGUCAUAUGUAUAGAGCGGUCUGCGGGCGUAUCGAAAACACAAUUCAAGGUCUACCGCCACCGUACAGGCUUAAUAAGCCAUUAAUGAGUCUAAUCACAUCUUCCGAAGUAAGACAACCCGGGAAAGCGCCUAAUUAUAGCGUUAAUUGGACAAUCGGUCAAUCUGACGCUGAGGUAAUAAACUGCACAACGGGGAAAGACGAAUUGGGUAAGCCUUCCAGAAUAUCGAAGCAAGGACUUUUCAGAAGGUUUUACAACUUACUUGGUAAACUGGAAACCAUCGACGACGCUGACAAGAACCAGUGUCGUCACUAUUUAGAUGCGAAGUCAUCCGUGCAAAAUUACACGCUUGCCAAGCAUCAGUUGAAGGAAGCUUUCGUAAAGGCACAUCUUGGGAGUUGGGUUAAAAAACCGAUCGAACAAGAUAUGUUUGAGGUCGAUAUCUGACUAGGUCAGAGUAACGAUAAGAUUUCGACAAAUGAAACAGAGUUUCGGGUGGCAGAUUAUGUAGUUCCUACUGCAAACUAGAUCGCUCGUUCAGCGUGUUAUGAUACGGCAGAAUGCGGCAUCAGUAAAGCAUAAAUCGUAGGAUCUCCCCACGCAGGUUUGCUUUUGCUGUUUGUCGCAUUAUGCAUCGUGUUCAGAGUGUAUAAAAGUAGAAAAAAAAAGACAAGCCUCUUCCUAUCUCCAGGAGGAUAUUUUGUCUUCGAGCCGUCGAAGGUUUUACGAUUCGAUAGUUGCUCAGUUUUAAAUAUAGGAUUUAAACGUAACACUUUCGAUACUUCGAAUUUUAAUCUUAAUCUAUUAUAGUACGACGUCAAUUUCGACCAUUUUUUUAUAGAACGUAGUCACGACUACAUAAACAUGAAGAACGGGAAAGGAUCUCCUUUCCUAAUCAGCACGUAGUAAUGAACUUAAAUGUUUCUUUGAAACGAUCAAAGUCAUUGGAAUCGAAAAAAUUUUUACGAAGAAAUAAUUCGAUACAUAUCCAUCGAUCAAUCUUAUUAUCAGAAGUUCUUGUAGUGAUAUUUUAACGUAAAAUUAAAAGAAUAUAAAAUACCUUGGUAUAUACAUAUACGUAGAGUUACGUCAAGUCGUUCGUACAAGAAAAGAUUAAAAUCGAAAUAACACGUCGAGAUUUGACUCGUGCCUGCAGUAUUUUUUCCUAAGCUAAUUUAGAGAUAAUAGCAACGAUAAAAACGCGCGUCAAGUUACAUCCCUGAAGGCUGUGACAUCAAGUAUAUAAGAAUUAUCGUGCGAAAAAAUUAAUACGUGUGAUUCGUUGCAAAGUUCGACGAAAGGAGAGACAGGAAUUGGUUGCUUGUCGGCGCGAUACAAUCUUUUCAUAACUCGUUUUCAUUUAAAUAUAUAUACAUAUAUAUUUUUCGAUCGUUCGUCAAGUAGUGAGUUACGUUAGUUUUACGGUAUCGUUGACAAAGAAUCAGCCCUCGACAGUUCGAUGUUGUUAUCAAAUUGAUUUUAAUAGAGAGCAAAUGUGACGGUAUGCAUGAAUUCAAGAGCAAUUAGCGUGAAAGUAUGAGUCCGAUAGAUGAAUGUAGAAUUACGUUAUUAUUAAUAGCUUAGAGAGUCCUAAGAUCAUUGCCUCACUGUGCCAGUAUUAUAACAAUUAAUGCAAUUCUGCCGUAAUGACACACUGCCCGGUGUCGGUCCAGUUUUGCGUGAGAAACAACAAUUGUGCAAAAAUCCAUUUCAUUUGAAGUAUUAUAUAUACACCCACACACGCAUCUAUAUAUACAUAUGUAAUUACACACGAUGUAUAGUUAGAGAAAGCAAUCACUUCUGUGAAAGAAGUAUUAGUUCAAUAGGGUGCAGUUAUUGAAUUUAGGUUUAUCAUAAGCUUCUUGAACGUUACUUAACGAUAGGAAUAAGUUUUUUGCCUUUCAUUUUUGGUUCAUUUAUUUAUAUUACUUGUCUUCAUUCUGGUUUUGUACAACGAUUCAAAGAAUACGGUAAACAUAUAUAUUUGUGCCAAUAAGGAAAGGAUACCAAAUAGCAUAAUGCCAAUGGUAGGAGGCUAAAUUCAGUCGAUGUUCGCAUAAUUACUUAAUGGAAAAUUCUUCGAAGCAUAAUAAUUGCAUUUAAUACGUACUGUGAUCGAUUAACGAGUUUUUUUUUUUCGUGGCGCUUUCUUAACUAAAUAAGUUUGAAUGCAAGUUAUUGUGGACCGCCUCUUUCCCGCUUACGCUUUUCAUCCAAUAUUUAACUAAUACGGUGAAUAAUGCAGUCUCAUGUUACAUUACACACGCAGUAUUUAUUCAAUUUUCACCGAUUACAAAUAAAGAACGUAACAUCUUACCAGUAAAUAUGGCACGACUGCGUUAAUUGCUGAACGAUGCAAUUAUUUUAUGUGUACAUCUUUGUGUACACAAGAGAGUGAUAAAAAUAAGAGUUAACACGUUGAUUGCCAUGGAAUUAUAAAAGUAAAUUUUAAAUAACAGAAAGUAGCAAGUGGAAAGCUUAAAUUGAGAAUGAAUUUUUAUUUAAAUAGUAGCAAUGAUUUCUUCCACUGUGGUAGCUAACGUGUUAAUUACUAGAAUUACCAGAAACACGUGAUACAUAUACAAGUAAAUAGACUCGGACACGUGUUUAUCAAUUUUUUUCCACAUCACAUUAUUCGUAGGGAAUUCAUGAUAAGGUAAAAGCCGCCAGUAUUUUACAUUCUUAGGAUAGCGUUUUUAUUAAUGUAGAACAAUAAGAAAGAGAACGAGUCGCAUCGGUUUUUCUAUUUGACUCUUCCGUAAUCUUCACGUAUCUUUAAUAAACCGUUCUCGCGUUAUAAAAUACAUAUACAUACAGGUACACACUUUAUAUACAAAUCACUUGAACACUGAUCGAUAAACGAUAGAGAACACCAUUUUUAGUGAUAAAAGAAUUUUUCGAGUGAGCUAAUAAUUAGCGACUAUUUAAUUAUCAAUUAGAUCUAGUCGGCUACAACACGAUUUCCAAUUUCUCAUCUCUGAAACCGUGUGUGUAUUCGGAGGAAAAAAAGAAACGUUUUAGUUAUAGAGAACAUCGAGCAUUAAAUUACGAAUUUCUCGUAGUUCAGCUAGAUUUUAAGCUUGACUAGUGCCUCUAGUCGUAAUUUUGUCCAAAUAAGUAAAUCGAUAGGCAAGAAGAAUAAUAGAAUAAAACCUUUAUUUACCAAG